AUCACCUCAGGGAUGGGCGGCAGUUGGCAGGAGCAUCUUCACCCUCCCUUCCUUCCGAAUAUACUCACCUUACUCACCCACCUAGUGACUUCAGGCGGACAACCUAAGGCACCGAUUCCACUUGGCAAUGGGGAAUUUUGCUGCUUGAGAAAUAUUUUCACCCCUUCACUCACGGACUGAACCAUGUCGCCUUGAUAGCAUGCUCAUCUAUGGAAUCAGCAUCCAUCUCGUUAUAAAUUCAUUGCAUCUAAUGGCAUCUUAAUUCAAUGGUCCUAUCUCACUCGAUAUAAUCUUCACCUGCCAUUUCAGCCAUGGCGAUACGUUCUUUGCCACCGUCCACAACGCGCCUCCUCGGCUCCUCCCUGGUCAUCACCAACCCAGUCUCCCUUGUCAAGGAACUAGUUGACAACGGGGUGGAUGCUGGCGCAACUUCAAUUGAGGUCAUCGUCUCUCCAAAUACUCUCGACAAGAUCCAAGUCCGAGACAAUGGCCGGGGCAUCCCGGUCGACGACUUCGACUUGCUCGGUCGCCGGGCACACACAAGCAAACUUCGCUACUUCGAAGAGCUGGAGACAAAAGGCGGCCAAACUCUGGGUUUCCGAGGCGAGGCCCUUGCCAGCGCCAAUUCUCUGGCUACGGUCAAAGUCAUUACGAAAACCGCUCAAGAGACAGUGGCAUACAUGAUCGUGUUGAGAUCGGGUGACGGCGGCGUCGAGAGGAAGCAGCCGUGGUCUGCACCCACCGGAACAACGGUUCUCGCCUUGAACCUUUUCGAUAACCUCCCUGUUCGAAAGCAAACUGCACUGAAAGAGAGCCGCAAAACCCUGUCGAACAUCAAACGGCUGCUGGAGACAUAUGCGUUGGCUCUUCCGAGUCUGCGACUCUCUCUCAAAGUGCCUGGCGAUUCUCACCAAGCCUGGUCAUACUCUCCAAUAACCUCAUCAACCACUCGCGAAGCUGUCAGGCAAAUUUUCGGCCGUUCCCUCGUGGAUCAAUGUGUUGAAGUGACCACAUCUUUGAGAACCCGGAACACAGAACCGCAUUUAGUGUCAACAUGGGGGACUCUGAGUGCAUUCCUUCCAAAGUCAGACGCCCAGUUGGGGGUCAUCAAAGACAAGGGGUCUUUUAUCUCUGUUGACUCUCGACCAAUUCUGUCAUCAAGGGGGAUAGGGAAGAAGAUUGCUGCCAUCCUCAAAAGCCAACUCGCCGGAGCAUUGACAGAUGGUGGGGCGACGAGACCUUUCUUGCGAUUGAGCAUCAACUGCCAACCUGGGUCCUACGAUCCCAAUGUGUCCCCUUUGAAAGAUGAAGUUAUCUUCAAGGACGAGCAAGGGUUGCUAGACUCCUUCCAGGCUUUAUGCGAUCAUGUUUACAAGCCAAGAGAUUCGCCUUGCGGAGUUCUCACAAAUGCCGGUGCAAAGAUCGACGACGAUAGGAUGACCAACUCAAAACCACCACCCAGAAGUGGUCGGGCAAGCCUCCCCGAGGACAGUUUUCAGCAUCAUUCCGUUUUAAGAGCAGCCCCGAUCGAUAUUGAAUCACCUAAUGUCGGUGAGGAUGAUUUCUUGAUAGAUGAUCUGGAACUCCUUGCGGCUCUUGAUAAUUUUGAGACCGCCUCUGGAGCAAACGGCAACGCGCCCCCUCAUGGUGCGACGGGGCUGGAAAGCCAACGGGCGCUUACAUCUACACAAACCAAUGACGAGGAACCGGGUGACGCAGGUAACCCAAAAACAGUACUAGCAAUGAUGCGGGUGGUUAGCAAGGUCAACCUGGGCCGCACAGAAAGCAACACUAGCGACGAGGGUUGCACAGUUGGAUUGGUUCCAGUGCAGGUUGCACCACGUCGCAAUACCUCCCCAACAACCAACCAGGCGCCAUCUGGUCUGCAACACAAUGAUUCAGCCCCAGCCCGUCAUCAGCAAGGCAUUGGUCGGUAUUUCCAGUCGAAAAGGGAUCCGCCAAUAGAGAUUGCAUCAGAUGAAACUGCCACGUUAGGAAACCUGCAUAACGAUGAGGAAUCCAAUAUAUGUGAGACUACAAGGCAGCACAAGAUUGGACGCCAGCCGUUGAGGGAGCUAACGGACUCAAUGUUGAACGCGCUUCGAGGAGAGGACGACGAAGACGAAGGAAAUGAGGCUAUGUCUGACUUCUCCAGCCCAGAGCCAGAUGUGCCCAUACCCCAUAAUGCUCCACGGGCAGACCUCGUGGCUCCUUGGACUGAAGGAUCACACGAUAUAACCGCUGACGAGGCGGAUAUGAUCCCAAAUGAACAUGGCAGAACGAUUCUCCCCCCAGCAAGGACUCCACCCGGGUCUGUCACUCGAGUACAACGGAGAGUUCGCGCAAUUCCUGACAUGUCCCCGGCUUUUGAUGGAUUUACUGCCCUGCAGACGCCACCCUCAUCGGGUACAUUGCCACCAGAGCGAAUGUCCUACAUUCAACCAACAACCCUCUCCCGCAGCAGCGCACCCUUGACAAGAAUCCAGAUAACAUCUCGCGGAGUUUCAAAACAGCCAGAAUCUUUGGCAGAAGACAUCAGCAUGAGACCAACAACGAUUUCGUUCGGGAGUAGCCCACAUGUGCAAGAGAGCGGGCGCACGCUGCAAGCACUAUACCACUCUUCAAGCCGAGGCAAUUCAUCCCAGAACUUUGAUCAACAUGACAUUUUCUUCCAAGCAGCAUCCCACCACCCUGAUUUCUUACAACUUCCGGCCAUGGCUACCGGUGAGACCUUACGGCAACAAGGCGGACAAUGGUCACACAUGUCUCAAGCACUUCUGAUGAGAACAUCUGCGCCACCCGAUGAAAGAUCCAACCAAAGCAGCCGGAGCGAAACCAAAGGACAUGGAGAUGGUUCGGCCCUGGUACAGAGGAGUGGUAUGUCGCUGCCUCGAGCUCGGUCCGCCAAACGCCAUCGAAGCCGGUCAAGAAGCCAGGCGUCGACGAAGGAGGAACAAAAUCCCCGACAUCACUCGAUGAACCGAAAAUGUUCCAGAACCCUAAGUGGACGAACAAAAAGGCUAGGCUCACACAUGUUACCCUUAGAGAUAACGCCAACUCAGGAUGAAACCCGACAACUUUCACUUAGAGUUGGGCUUGGAUUUGGCGACUUGAGAAAGUCGAUCUGGGAGUAUAUGGCAUUGGGACAGGAUCUUCAAGUAUGGGAUGAUGAUUCGCCGUUACAGUUCAGGGACAUGGAAGAGGUUGGAAUUGUUGAAAGCCGAUUGAAGGAGGCGGUGAGCUCGUGGAUGGAAGGCGAGGACGGUCUUCAGGCGGAAUACGAAUUCACACUCAAGUCCAGGGCCAAGGGCAAGUCGAGGGUGUGAGGAUAUGGUACAAUGUACAUGUCUCGGGAGCAGGCAAAACAAUGUGCAGCCAUCUCUCGACAAGUGCGUUAUCUGUUGCUGACAUCUUGGGGCCACCGAUCCAACAAACGGGAGUGUGCAGGAAAUUACCUGUGCUACGAAGCUGAGAAGUCUAGAUUGCUAGUGUGGUUAACUAUUCACGUCGAAAUUGAUUGCAUGUCCAAGAGGCUUGAAGUGGCUAGUGUCGAGAUUGCCGGGAGCCGAGCCAAGAAUCAGGUGUUGGUGGCCCGCUUACGGCCAAUGGAGGUGUGGGGUGAGGGCAUGUGGAGGGCGAAAAGGCGGGAGGGAGCUGAAAGCCGGGGAGCUAAUGGCUAAAAGCUGAUGGUUGGGGAGCGAGAGGACCUAAGGGUUACGAGGUGCAGUAAGUCCUGAAUAUGA